CCCGCGUGGGUUAGACGGUGUGCAGAACCGGGAACCGUGUCAGUCCGCGCCGAGUACUUCGUGCGGGAGCUUGCGCUCUCUUAGUGUGGUUAACGGGGGUUGGUUAGUAAGCUCGGUCCCAGCUAAAUAAAUCUCCAGAUGCACAGAAGAGGAGCGAGAGCUCGUCAAUCGAAAAUCAGAGAUUCAGUGAGUUAAGUUUGUGUGUGAGAAGACAGGCAUCCUCGGCUCGAAAGGUGUUUUUGUUCGCCACGUUCAGUCCAGCAAUGUCCUUGGAGGAAUCACGGCGUUCGCAGCGUCCGUACAGGUACGGGAUGGUUCUCCUUUGCGUUGGAGCUCUGAUAAACUGGUUAGGCCUCGCCGAGAACUACGUCGAACCGGUACGAUAUGUCGGUGUUGCUUGCAUAAUUGCGGGGGCUCUUCUCAUAUGUGCCGCAAUGUGCUGUUGGCUGCACGCACCGCCAAAUAGGGCAACCAUGCACACACAACACACAAAUCAUCCGAUCACGGCACAGAUAGACGAUCCGAUCCAUGUGAUCUCCAUCGAGGAACCAUCUAGUGUAUCCAGGCAAAAGCCGCCAGACUACGAGGCGGUAACGGACGCGCCACCUAGCUACGACGAUGCGAUCAAGCUGAAUCCUAGCCACCUGGUUAGACUGAGCACCAGCAGUGCGUUGUCGUUGCCGACUGUGCACAAUAUGAUCCCGAGAACCGUGGAAAUUGUUUCUAGGGAUCCAACGCCGUCGCCGCCGCCACCGUACGCGAGGUGAGAUCUUCGUCAUCGAUAAUCCCGAUCGCAACGAAAGAUGUUUGCGGUGUGCUGGGGGUCCAGCGUUGUGCUCCACAACUUGAAGGCACGCAAGAAUAACCGCGUGACGAGAGUGUGAGGACUCCGUCAUUCGUUUAGCGUCACGACGACGAUACGAGCACGUUCGAAAUACGAUCACGAUGAACGUUGCCGUCGUCGUAUCUCUGGACCUCGUCUAUAGUAGACUAAACUGUUUGUGUUCAAAGAAUUAAACGAGUGGUCGUCCCACGGACAGGGCACAGCUUUUGUCAAAGGAACAUAUACCAACAACAUGAUGGAAGAUAGAAUCGAUGGUAGAGGGUAAAAUAGUAGUCGGCCUAUUCAGCGGUGGAUUCGUCUACGAAGCGGACAACGGAACGAUCGACGCUUGAGGAGCGAAGAGGGUUGAAAGCCUAACGAAGAUGUCGCGAAUGUUGCUGUGCCUUUCGAGAAAAGCGCCUAGAGAGGGAGACCAGCGCCUAAAUAAACUCUAAUCACGGGUGAGAAAUGGAACCGGUUAUCACGAAAUCGUCAGGAAACUUUGAGUGGACUUGCCUUGAAAUCUCCAUUGUGUACGAGCACGAUUAUCGAUUUCGUCUGACUUAUUUGGAGCGAGUUUAAAAUAGCGAUCACGAGUCAUCGAUGAAGAGACACGUGGCACGUAAUGUUCCAAUGAGUCCAUCCGUGUGAGGUGUAUCUGCAAACCCCGACUGCAGGUUUAGUGGAUUUUAUGACGUACACUAAUAUGGAAAGCAAUUGCAAAUCAUAUGUAGAUAAAUGUUACAUAAAUUGACGCGAUAAUCAAAUUUACAGUAUAUUUCUGAUUUAUUGCUCUCGCAUGUAUCAAACGUAACUGUGUUAUGAAUUAUUUGAUGAUAUCGAGAGGACAACGUAGCAGUAUUAAUUGUUAUUUGUUAUAUGAAAUACGUGACCACUUUUUAGCAAAGAUAUUGCAAAUGCAAUUCAUAUUUGUUCACUCGGUAUUAACGAAUAAUCGGCGACACAAUUUCAACGAAGUAAUAUUAACAUUUUAUUUUGUAUAAUUAUAUAUAUGUAUAUAUAUAUUCUGAAUGGGAUAUGUUUUUAUAUUAGUAUACGUCAUUAAUGCAUAACGUCUGGAGUUUAGCAAUACUCGAACUUGUCUCUUAGGAAGAAUUCGAGACCCUUGUAAAAAUACGAGAGCGAGGAGAGUAGACGUCCUAAAAAGAUCGGAACUAUAUGCGUUCCGAGUCUUCGUCGUUUAGACAAUCGUGCGGCUUAAUAGAGAAACCAUUUUUGCUUGCCAUAUGAUUUCCAUGAUUGUCAAUUUACACGUAUACGUUGCGCAUGUGAAACUCAUUCGCACGUCCAUUUUAUUGUGAUAUAUAUAACGAUGAUGGUGUGUUGCGAUACAUACGUCACUUGUCGAACGCGACGUCGCUUUGUAAAACAAGACUCUUUUUUUUAUAAUGGAAAUACAAAUAUAAAGUUAGGCAACUUUUAAACUAAA